CCGGUGGUCUUUCCGGAAGCCAAAUUUAUUUACAAAAAGACAAUUUAGUUUUUCUAGGAAAAUAUAGGUUCUGUUGUAAAUUAUACCCUUUUUUACAAAGCCAAUUCAUCUUAUGAUCAACGUCUUGAACGCUUCCAAGGAGCUUUUAAAAUUGUAAACCUCCCGUAGCUCCGGCAACCAUUAUCAGCGCACAGAGAAAAAUAGGCAUACUUAAUAUAGGCCGACCUUCCUUGGGUUGACCCACCGUCAACUUGUCAUAUUGCAAAAACGAAAGUCAUUAUAUGUCCUUUUUUCCCUAGAUAAGCUACUGCUAAUAAUAAAGCAUGUUGUUACAUAAUGUCGUGCGAGAUAGAUUAUAUCAAGGUAAACUAUACGCGUUCGUCGCAACGCAUGCAUUGCAUGUCGCAGAGUUGAUUAAACCGACCCACUCACACCAAACCCCCAAGUAAUACGUGUAUAAUUAUAACUCUUAUACCAUCCCGUGAAGGUGUUAUAUAUUAAUUGACUACAAUUUGUGCUUACGGUGUGAUAAAGCUCUUAAUAAGGAAAUGUAAUAUGCCUUACGGAGGAUUGACAUUCGGUAUAUCAUGGAAAUUGAACAGUCUACGACAUCCAACAAGCAGCUUGUGUUUGCGAAGAUUGAGAAGAUAAUACGUGGUAUGCAGCAUGCAGAUCAUGGUAUCCCUACACGUCCACAAAAGGUCUUUCUUACCUCAGUUCCAUGUGCCUUCACAGGUAUUGAUUUAAUAGAAUGGAUCACCAAACUAUUAGAUGUUCACAGUACGACAGAAGCAACCCAUCUUGCCACCCUAUUAUCUCAGUAUGGUUAUAUCUAUCCCGUCGAAGCUACCAAGACCGUCUCUAUCAAAGAAGAUAACACACUCCAUCGAUUCCAAAGUCCCUACUUCUGGACAUCCCAAGACCGCUCACACGACAAUACUGAUUAUGCUCUCUACUUAGCUAAAAGAACUAUGCGGAACAAGCAAAACUUUGGACUAGAGGAAUAUGAAAAUACGGCUUACAGUAAUCUCCAACGGAUGCUAGGACAUAAAUGGGAAUUCAUUCUCUUACAAGCUCAAGAACAGCUCAGGUUGGCCAAGCAUAGAAAGAAAGCUGAUAGAAUCGUGUUGGACGCUCAAGAAAGAGCCUUCUGGCGUGUUCACUACCCUCCCCCUGGACAAACAAAUUGUCUGGAAGCGGAUAUCAGAAGAAAAUGUAAAAACUCUCAACCAGCUAGAACAAAGAAACCGUCCCCUGAAGAAUUCAAGAAGCAAGUGACCUAUCUACAAAAUAGACUGUCCAAGAUGACCAUUAAGACAUCCAAAGCAAUAGAUGUUUUAAUACGAUAUUGCGAGAGGUUUGCUGAGCAUGACCCUUUCAUAUCAGGCGCUCAGCCGAGUAACCCAUGGAUUAGUGAUGAUACGACUAUGUGGACACUCAACACCAUGCUGGUUGACACACCGACAGAGAGGAGAGUUAGAAGAUGGGCUAUCAGCUUUAGGGAGCUGUUAUCAGAUGUGACGGGCAAACACGAGUUUGAGAAGUUUCUGCAGAAGGAAUACAGUCAGGAGAACAUCCGCUUCUGGUCAGCGUGUGAAACGCUCAAGUACGCCCCCCAAUCCAUGGUUCCCGAGAUGGUCCAUGAAAUAUACCGAACAUUCCUAGCACCAGGAGCACCAUGUGAGAUCAAUGUAGAUGGAAGGACAAUGGAACUGACUCAGCAGUCACUACGGAAACCAAACAGGUUUGCCUUUGAAGCCGCUCAGCAACACAUCUUCCUUCUGAUGAAGAAAGAUUCCUACCAGAGGUUCCUCAAGUCAGACACCUACAAGGGGCUACUAGCAAGGGCUAUGCAGAAUGGGACUAAACGAAAAUUCUUCACAUUUGGAGGGCGCUUCUUAAGGUCAGCGAAGGUCACACCAGAUGUAAGUCCGUUGGGAUACCCGCGACGAGGGAGUCUUGGAACAGACAUCUCAGACUCAUUGAGUGACCGACCUAUGACACAUUCACUGAGCGCUAGUAAUCUACAAGACUUUGAACUAGCCAACAUGUACAAUGGGACAGAAAACGGACACAAGACAGAAGAGGUUUACACAAGUGUCAAGUCAUCAAGGUUUGCUUCACUGCAACCAAUGAACUCAACAAAUCUAAAGCGUCAUGGAUCAUUGGGUGGGGUAGAGCAUUCUGGAAAGGUUCUCAACGGUAAUAAGACAAAGAGGAUGUCUGAAACCCAACUAGAUCUGUCGUUCCUGAGUUACGGGAUGAAGACGACCACCAAGAAGAAUCUGAUAACACCCUGGGAGGAAGACAUGAGCUGA